UCGCGCACGCUCUUCUCGUCGCAGCCCACGAGGGAGGCUCAAGUGCAAGGCAAUCGCGUAAGUGACAAAAGCGAUCGUUACCAUGGCAAACGCCCAGCCCGAUGAGACCGACUUGAAGGUCGCUCUUAAGUUGGCUGCGGUCGUCCGAGACGUCAAUGCCGUGGAGCGCGUAUUAGACACAGAGAUCAGCCCUUCCGCGAAAGUUAUCGUUGCUCGCGUUAUAAUUGGCAAGCUCGGCAUUGCUACGGCGGAUCGACACCUCCGCCGCCUGUUAUCACGACCACAAUUCAAAGUGAUAGUGGCAGUAGCUCUCGAGCUUCUGUACUCCGGUGAAGGCGAUUUAGAGCUCAUAGAGUCCAUGCUGGGUAUCUCGAUGACUCACCAGAUGAGGGGCGUAACGGACUCUGUGUCCCUUCAGCAGCUCAAGCCGUCGCUUGCGCAUCCUCGUCUGAUGGGGUUGAUCAACAUUUCCUUCCCUGCGUUGAGGCAAGACUCAACACCGAAUGGGCCUGGAAGCGCAUCGAGCGCAAACACCUCGCCACCAGGAGUUGCAGGGAUAACGACCUCAUACUUGACCAGUCAUGCGCCAGCCAGGAUUGAUGUGAACCCGUUUGCUCCUGCUGCAAACAUGCAGAGCCUGGCUCAAGGUCGUCCGGUCAGACAGCGAGAGCGAGCACUGUCACUAGUGUCAUUGUCAAGAGACGAAGACUACGGUGGCGGCGGCGGCUGCAACACCACACACCCUUAUGCGGCUGCACACGAGCCAUCUGUCGGCUCUCCAAGAACCUCGGCACUGAUGGCAGCAACGACAAACACCUCGCCAUCACCCUACGCAAUGAUGACGGAUCCGCAUUUGACCAAUCACUCACCAUCCAGGCUUGACUUGAACCAGAUUCCUCCGGUUGCGAAUAUGUUUCCUGCUGCAGGCUUAUCGAGCCCAUUCACGACUCUGCCGGUCGAUCCGCGAAAGCGUACCCGCUCAGGGGAGGACAUGAAUGAUGAUAACCGCCGUGACAUCAAGCGAGUAGCUGGACCAGUAGUGCUCGCUCGAGGCAAGGUAGACGCCUAUUGGACUUUCGCAGACAUGAUACAACACAUCAUUCUACUUACGCGUGGGCCUCCCUCCGCCUGGCAGCAAAAUAGCAUCAGAGUACCCAAAGAGGCCGGCCUUUUCCCCCGUACUUAUGUCACUCCAUACAAUUCUAACCACCCAGACAAACAAGGCAAGACCGAGCCAUCGCUCUACGGCGCACAACAGCACCAGGACCUAGGUUUGUGCUUUGGCACUUGGUGCCGCGAGGGACAGUGCCUUGUUGGCGAGCACUGCCCUUGGCGUCAUUACCUCGAUAAAUACACCAUUGGGUUUAUUUGGCGGAGCGGCGCAGGGCACGAAGGCCACCAUUUUCUCAAGAAAGCUUUGAAGCACUUACAAGCUGGCCCUUGCCGGCCUGUUCACACCCACGUUCCAAUCCCCAAUCUCAAGGUUUAGUACCAAUAGUCAGACCUUUCGAUACGCAGUGUUACCUCAGGAUGGGUAAUGGAAAGCUCGCACUUCGAUCUCGGGUAGACACAGUGCUCAAGAUGUUGUUGCGACGCUGUGAUUUUGCGCCUAAAUUGUUCAACUAUUUUGGUGUUCUACUGGAGAACUUACACUCGCUAAAACAAAGGGUUAUUCACUUAGCAAGGAAUAAAGCGUGUUUAUUGUAUUCCGCCAUUUUUCUCUCGUCCCAUUGAACAGCUACAAGACGCCUCAAACGGGAAGGGAUUAUACAAGGACCUGUCUUACAAUACAAGUUGAACAAGGUGCAGGUCUCAGGCUUCAUCAC